UAAUUACAGGUUCUUCUGGGCCCCUGCUGAAGAUCUGUUCUGAAAAUUGUGAUUAAGUACAUCUUUUGAUAGAGGAAAUUUGUUGCUUCUGUUUAUCAAGAUGAUUACAACACCUUCAAAACAUCCAGGAAUUCACUUGUCUUCAGAGACCUCUUCUCAAAGGAGAAAUAUGCCCAUUCACGCAGUCUUUUUUGACAGCAUUCCUUCAGGAACACUUACACCUGUAAAAGAUUUGCUGAAAUAUCAGAACUCCUUUUUAAAAUUGAAUGACCAGAAAAAGAAUCAACUCUCAGAAAUGACAUUUUUUCAAGAAAAAAAUGUAUUUCAUUCUACCAUGCUAGCAGAGCCUAGCACCUCUAACAGUCUUCUUAAUAUUGAUAUCAGUGCUAUAAAGCCCAGUAAGGAUGGAUUAAAAAAUAAAGCAAACUAUGAAUCACCAGGAAAAGUAUAUCAAAGAAUGAAAGAGAAGGUAAUGUGUAAUAAGCAAGAAAAAGCAUCACCAAAAAGUGAAAGUAACAAAAUUUUUAUGCAUAAUGGAGCUGAGAAAAGAGUAUUGCAGCAUACCUACCUCUGUGAAGAAAAAGAAAACAACAAAUCAUUUAGAUCAGAAAACAGCUUAUUAAGAGUCCAAGAAGUUCCUCUAGAACCAUCAAAUAUCUUACUCCCGGUCAAGCCAAAGAUUCAAUGUCAACAGGCAAAGAAAGCGCCUCUGCACAAUUUAACUUAUGAGCUUCCAGUUCUGAACCAAGAACAUGAAAGUGUUUCAGCUGCAGUAGUCUCCAACAGGGCAUUAACUAGAGCUCAGUUGGCAAAACAAAUUCUUUUAAAGGAGAAUACAGCUGCAACCACUAAGUUCAAAAACAACACAUUUGUUUUAGACGACAUUAACUCUACCUAUGAAAAAUUCCAAAAUACUACUGCUGAGACUCUCAAUACUAACUGUGUUUCUGUUAAAAAUGACAGUCAAUUAAUGAUUUCUGAUAAUGAGGUCAGAAUAAAAGGGACUUCGCAACAGGAGAUUAAGGGAAGAAAUGAGAAAACAGUGCCCAGAGAAACUGAUCUUCCAGGUUCCAUAAACGACACAUGUAAAAUUGUGCUUGCAACUCCAGGGUUUAAUGUAACAAUACCUCAGGGAUCAAAGAGAUACACUUCAAAGCUUCUUCCAAGUAUAUGCCAAACUACUACAAACGGAGUUAAAAAUAAUAAGGUAGUCCAGCUACAGGAAUGGAUGAUUAAAAUCAUCAACAAUAAUACUGCCAUAUGUGUAGAAGGAAAAUUGAUAGACGUCACUAAUAUCUAUUGGCACAGUAACGCAAUUGUAGAACGGAUUGAAUACAACAAACUUAAGACAUUAUCAGGCAACAUUUAUAUAUUAAAAGGGAUGAUAGACCGGAUUUCCAUGAAAGAAGCAGGCUAUCCAUAUUAUCUCAUAAGGAAGUUUAUGUUUGGCUUUCCAGAAAAUUGGAAAGAGUACAUUGAUACUUUCCUAGAACAAUUAAGGGCUUGUGAAAAGAAAAAGAAAAAGGCCAUACAAACACAGAAAAGUGGAAGAUUUGUGCCCGACAUAGGAAAGUCAAUGAAAAAUGAUGCAGGAGUAAACCAAACAGAUGGCCUCCAAAGAACCAGCACCAUUUAUGACCUUGAUUGUAACCAUUUGGAACUGAAGAAGAAUAAGCACAGUACAUUGCCAGGAGCUAUAGAAUUAAACAUUUGCCAGAGUAAUCCUCAAAAUAAACCACCGUUAAGCUUCCCAGAUAACCAAAUAAAGAAUACUGUUCAAAAUGGGGGAGAAUAUGACUUAACUAAUCAGGAAUUGAUUGGAAAAAGUGAAUAUAAGAAGUUAUCUUCAAAGAAACUCAAAAAUUGUGAAAGAACAAAUAAAAAGAUAAUUAAAAAUCAGGAGCAAGAGCAAACCGAAGAAUCGAAGGUAUCCAUUGAUAUUAUCAUCUCAGGGAAAUCACCUUUCUCAGAUGAAGAAAGAAAAUAUGUGGCUACUAAUCAGAAGGAAGUCUGUGUUUUGAUAACACCACUUAAAUCUAAAAAUGUGAUAGAGCAAAAAUGCAUGAAGUAUAAUGUAUCGUCUGGUGCCGUUAAAGCAGUAACAGAUUUUAUAGUGCCAAAGCAUCAAAAAGAAAGUGAAUCAGACUUAAAUGAAACUACAUGUCCAAUUAGUAAGCCCAGAAAGACUUUCAAGGAUGUAUUUGAGAGUGACGUGGGUCAUACAAGCGAAAACAAGAAGGAUUGCAUUGAACGUGAUAUACUCACUGUCAACCAGAAAAUAAUACCUAGUUCUAAUAAGAAACAAACGGUCACCUCUGACUUUAAGAACAAUACAAAGUUGUUAUCAACAUCGAAGAAAAUUGAAAAAAAUCAAGUAACAAAUCAAGAUUUGUCUGCUGAAAUGGAAAAGAAAAUAAAAGCUGGGGAUAUUAAGAAGACCACAACAAGAAAUACCAAAGAAAGAGUAGUUCACCAAAGAAAAAGCAGAAGGAACAUCACUGGAAAAAUCUCAGUGACCUCUGAAUCUGAAACUGAAGAAAGUGAAACUGAAUUUCAUAUCCUAAAAAAGAAAGCUAGAUGUUCUGCUGAAAUAAAUUGUCAGAAAUCUGAUAUUAGGAAUGAGUUACCAUUUAUUAACAAAAUAGGAUCUGGUGAAACGAAGAAGCAUUCCUUAGAAUGUUUACCUGGUUUAAUUCUGGAAGAAGAAUGGAAUGAGAAGGAAUUGGAGAAGCUUCAUUGUGCUUUUGCAUCUCUUCCCAAGCACAAACCUGGUUUCUGGUCAGAUGUUGCUAUGGCUGUAGGUUCUCGAUCUGCUGAAGAAUGUCAGAGAAAAUACAUGGAAGAUCCCCAAGGAAAUGGAUUCCAGAAACAUGUCACCAAGAAAAAGCCAAUCAAUCCCAAAGGCCAAAAGAAUGGCAAGAGAGAUGAUUCAGAUAAGAAGCAGACUAUUAAGAUAACUGCCAAAGUGGGAACUCUUAAAAGGAAGAAGCAGAUGAGGGAUUUUCUGGACCAGUUGCCAAAAGAUGACCAUGAUGACUUUUUUAGCACAACACCUUUUAAGAAACAAAGAGUGCUGUUGCCAAAUUUCCAGUACAGUCAAGAAGAGGAUAUUCUUCCAAAUAUGGUUAUUCUGAAUGACUGUGAUAAAUAUGUUUUUCACAUGCAAAAAAAACAUAAAAAUAAAGGUGGUGUUGUCUGGGGCAAUAUCAAGAAGAAAACAGUGGAAAGUGAUUUUUCAACUCCAUCAAGAAGAAAAACCCCACUUAACAAAGGAGAAAGCUCUACUGUUGGAAAACUUUUCACUAAUGCUAUGGAGUCUUUGGAUGAAGAAGAGAAAGAUUAUUAUUUUUCAAGUUCUGAUUCUGCAGAGUAAAAGUGAGAAAUGUUUCCAGUAUUUUUAUCAAGAAGCAGACAGUUAUUCGUACCUUCAUUUGGAGAACCUAUAUUUUCUUUAUAAGUAGCUUCUUUUGAAAUUGUGGGCUCCUUGUCACAGGUUCUAUUGUUUGUAUUCAAAGUUAAAGAUCCUUCUAUAUAAUAUUCCUCAUUGCUGCAGCUUACUAAAAAUAUAAGGAAAAUUGUGUUGCUUGUUGUAUAAAUGGCCUCUCAUGAGCAUCUAAGUCUGUUUAAGAAAAUCAUGAUCCAAACUGAAUUUUUAAAAUCUUUCAAAAAAAUGUUGCUACCCUUAAAGAAAGAGGUUGGGGGAAAUAAAGGAUAGAUUGUACUGGUAGCUACUGAAUUCAUGAACACUUGAAAUUAGCGUUUUUAAGCACUUGGUAUGUAAGCCAGAGUUGAUAUGAUGUUUAAAUUAUUUGUUGUUGAAACUUUGUUAUGCUUUCUUUUCUCCCAAUUGUUU